AUCAAAAGUUAAUCGCGCUCAUGUUAGCCGGUUCGCAGAUGUUAAUGUUUCGGCUCAAUGCGAGUGUAAAAACCAUAAUACGCUUUCCGGUCCGCCGCUAUUCGGAGCGUAAUAUUUUAAAACUACGAGACCGUGGCUUCAUACAGGAUGUGUUUCCGGCGGAAUCGAUUCAGAAGGCCGGCACGAUGCUCGGCUCAGCCACGCAGUCCGUGUACGCUGGAUUCGACCCGACGGCCAACAGCUUGCACGUGGGAAACUUGCUGGUGCUGAUUGGACUGCUGCACGCACAACGGGCUGGCCAUCGACCGAUCGCGCUAGUCGGUGGCGCAACUGGGCUGAUUGGCGAUCCUUCUGGUCGCAAAACAGAACGCCAACAGCUGGAAGUGCAAACGGUACAGCAUAACGUGGACUGCCUAACGAAACAAAUUUUGCGUAUUUUCGACCACCACGAACGCUUCUGCUGGCACAAAUCGACCGCCUUGCCGCCAGUGCUCGUGGUGAACAAUGCUGACUGGUACCGACAGUACAACUUCGUCGAGUUUAUGGCCAACGUUGGUCGGCACUUUCGCAUGGGAGCUAUGCUGUCCCGGUCCUCCGUCCAGAGCCGCUUGCAAGGCGAAUCGGGGAUGAGCUUCACCGAGUUUUCCUACCAACUGUUCCAGGCGUACGAUUGGCUGCAUCUGCUACGGCACCACGGCUGCCGCUUUCAACUCGGUGGCUCGGAUCAGAUGGGUAACAUCAUGUCGGGCCAGGAGUUGAUAAGUCGUACUGAGCCGAAGGAGGAAGUGUUUGGGUUGACCCUGCCACUGAUUACCAACGAGGAGGGCGACAAGUUUGGCAAAUCGGCUGGUAACGCCGUGUGGUUGUCGCAGGAUCGUACCUCCCCGUACGCAAUGUACCAGUUCUUCGUGCGCACACCGGAUUCCGAGGUGGAGAAGCUGCUUAAGUUACUAACAUUUCUGCCGCUGCCCACGAUAGAACAAACGAUGGCCAAACACCGUCGCACACCGGAACUGUGGGAAGCACAAACGUUGUUGGCCGAUGAGCUGACCCGGCUGGUGCACGGCGACGAGGGUUUGCAGAUGGCGAAAUCCAUUAGUCGGGCACUAUACAGCGGUGACCUAACGGCACUAGAACAGCUCGAGGUGCGAGACGUUUCGCAAAUCUUUGACGGCGCAUCGUUGCAUGAAGUAGUGCCAGAACCUGGCAUGACCGUGCUCGACAUUGCUAUGCGAGCGAAAUGUUUUCCAACGGAAAAAGACGCCGUGCGUAUCAUUGGUGCAGGAGGUUUUAGUAUAAACCUUAAAAAGGUCAAAAACGUUACCGAAGUUCUAGUCCCAUCGGUGCACAUGAUUUCCAAUAAGCUUUCGCUGCUCCGUGUCGGCAAGCGGAAUUAUUACAUUGUAAAGUGGCUUAUGUAA